AUGGUCAAUGUCAUCGACAACUCCGGAGCCGCCGUGGCGGAAUGCGUCAAGGUGUUGAAGAUGAAAAGACAUGCGAAAGUCGGCGACAAAAUAAUAGUAGUCGUGCAAAAACAACGCAACUUCGGCCCCGAAUCCGGACCCGGCGGUAGCGUGUCCGUCUCAGCAGCCAACAAGGUCCGGCGAGGCGACAUCCGGCACGCGGUCGUGGUCCGCACGGCGAAGAAGUACCAAAGGCCGGAUGGUAGCGUGGUGAAGUUCGACGAUAAUGCUUGUGUGCUUGUUAACAAGGGCGGGGAACCCAUUGGGUCGCGGUUGAGCGGGGUGGUGGGGAGGGAGAUCCGGGAGAAGGGGUGGAGUAAGAUUUUGAGUUUGGCCCCGAUGCAUUUGUAA